ACUUGGUCCACCCCCCACCCACACCAAACUGGAAAGAGAGCAAUGGCGACGACGGAUGCCGGAGGCGGCGACUUCGAGUUCUUGUUUCCCUUGCUGGAUCUUGGUGGCGGCAAGGCUAUACUGGGCAUUGUAGCCACCAAAACUCUCGCCUGCACAGCCGCCCAGUCGAGCAUUGCUGAUGUAGGCGACGCUGUGAUGACGGUGCAGCUAGAUUUGAACAGAAACUGCGAAGGCCUCAGCUUGUCGGCGUCAACCUCAAAGCAGUCAGAAGGCAAAAACGAUCCUCAAGCCCCUUGCUGGAGAAAGAGGGUGUAUCAAAAAGAAGUAACACACGGUCUUGCCGAUGUAGAUGCCCAUCAAUGAUAAGGUUGCUACGCUCAAAGGACAACGGGUGGUACAUCAACGAGCACAGGACACUCCACAAUCACUCUCUGACAGAUAAGUGUGGACAGAAAAUAUACUGCCCCUCGCAUAGACAUAUCGACAUUUACACACGAGAUGUUAUCAAGCAGUUGCGUGAAAAUAAUAUUAGCAUUGGCAAAGUGUACAACAUAAUUGGCAGUUUCUUUGGCUCCAUGAGCAGUGUGCCUUUCCGCAAGAGAGCUUUGAGGGGGCUUUGUGGAGAGAUUAGCCGAGAUCAGGCAGACGAUGACGUCAGAAAGUUUUUGCUGAGUUGGGAUCCAAAGAUUCUGGGUUGUAUACAGAGUACAACGGGAUGCGGACAGCCGCAUACGAAAUCUGCUAUGGUCGACAGGCGCAAGCAGGGCACAAUAUCAUUACCUUGGAGAUGCAAUAACUUUUGAUACAACAUACCGUACAAACAUGUAUGAUACGCCAUUCGGUCUAUUUGUCGGAGUCAACAAUCAUUUCCAGAGAGUCAUAUUUGGAGGAGUUUUAGUGAGGGAUGAGACAGUGGAAACAUUUGAAUGGAUGUUCACUGAGUUUGUCCGCAUGAUGGGUGGCAAGCAUCCACAAACCUUGCUAACAAGUGUGCCUGAGUACAAAUUUAUAUUUUGAAAUUCUUCAUUUGGUUUUCUAGCUUGCAUUCUCACAAUACAU